CCGGGUGAUAAUAUUUGUUUAGAACCGCUAGUUACCCGAUUACUUGUUCUGAUUUCGACGGGAAAGGGCGCGUAUCUAAAAGUCCCCGGUAGGCUAUUCUUCAACAUCCAAACCGUAGUUUGGAUUCUACAGUUCUAAACAAUUAUUAAUUGGCCGAAGUCGUUUGGCAAUCGUUCGCGGAUUUGAUUAUCGUUUCUGGAAAUAUUUGGUCGUUUCGUCUAUAAUGCCAACUAAUCGUCGAAGGAAAUCAAGUUCAAAGUUCGUUGAUGUUAAUGAAGAAUCCCCUAUUACCAAGCAAGUGCCUUUUGAUGUCCUUAAGUGUCAUGGUUCAGACUCGAAUAGGGUUGAUUAUCAUGGUAGUGACUCUAGUCUUAAUUCGAUGACAGAUGACGUAAAAAAUCUUAGUUUAAAGGAGAAGCAAAGGCUUGAAUUAUCAGGAAGAAGCGUUUUGCCUAUAGCGCCUGUUGUUGGUCUAGAACUAUCAAAGGUUGAAUUGAGUUAUUUUGAUGGAGAGCCAAAAGGAUACUGGAAGUUUAUAAGACAAUUUGAGACGUAUAUAGCAUCAAGAGUCACCGAUGAUAGCCAACGUUUGCUCUAUCUCAUGCACUAUUGUAAGGGCAAGGCGAAGACAGCUAUCGAAGGUUGUGUCAUGAUGGAAGCAUCCUCUGGUUACAGGAGGGCAAGGGAAAUCCUUAAACGUUUGUUUGGACAGUCUCAUGUAAUCGCUCGAGAGACAUUAGAAGACUUAUUCAAUGCUGUGAAUUUUGAUUAUACUGACGGGGAGCAACUAUCAAACUUGGCUAUUAAAAUGGAAAACUGUGCUAUGGUCUUGGAACAGAUGAAUUAUACCUCUGAUCUAAAUUCCUUAGUUACUUUGGAAAGAAUAGUGAGACUCUUGCCCCAACCUAUGCAAGCCCAGUGGGCGGACUGGGUGGAUAAAUUGACUGAAGAUGAUAGAGAGCCGACCUUCGACGAGCUCACUCAGUUUAUCGCAUCGCGUGCGAGAGUGGCUUGUAGUAGAUUUGGACGGUUAGCAAACAGUUCUAGAAAAGGACAUAACGUAAAGACGAACUGUCACGUGCAAUCAGAGCAAGGGAAUAGUUCGACAAUGAAAACUAAAUGUAGUAUGUGUUCCUACGACCAUGCCAUUGAUAAAUGUCCACAGUUCUUAGCGCUUACAGUUCAAGACCGAUGGUCUCACGCUAAAAGCAAGGGUAUCUGUUUCGUCUGUCUUAGACAAGGACAUAAGGUUAAUGAAUGUAAGAUGACAAGGCUCUGUAAGGUUGACAGUUGUGAGAGGAGACAUCACGCUCUGCUGCACACUGACUCGACAAGCAACGUUGUAAAUGAUAAGCCAUCAUGCCCGGAAUAUAGGAAAAGAGUUGUUAAUCAUACCAGUAAGAUACAGACAUUAGAGAACGAAAUACGUAAGCCUUAUGACGUAGAGUUUUCAGAUGCUUAUUCAAGUGAUAAAUCAUUAUCAGUAGACGACAAGGUGGCUAUAAAGAUUGUGGAAGGUGGCAUGCGCUUCGGCAACGGUCAUUUUGUAGUUUCUAUACCUUGGAAAAAGAAUCCAGAUAUGAAAGUGGAUAACUGUGAAGUAGCAAAUCGUAGAUUACAAGGUUUGAAGGGUAUGUUGUCGAAGGAUGUCAGUCUGCACAUCAAGUAUAUCAAAAGUACUGAAAGUGAUUUUACUAAGACUUAUGCGGAGAGGGUCUUUGAAAUAUAUCUGCAGUCUUAUUAUCGCCCUCGAUGGUAUUUACCUCACCGUGCAGUAUUAAACAUGAAAAAACCAGAUCUUAGAGUGGUCCUUGAUUGUGCCGCCCAGCUUGCAGGGGUUCCCCCAAAUGAUAUGAUUUAUCAAGAACCCGAUACCACUGCUGAGUUAAGGUGUAUAUUAAUAAGUUUUCGCAAGGAGGCAGUUGCAAUCCCUGCAGAUGUUGAAGAAAUGUUCAUGCAAGUGAAGGUCCCUGAGUCUGAUCGAGGAGCUUCAAGAUUUCUGUGGUGGCAGGAGGGAGACAUGUCAAGGGAACCAUCCGAGUUUCAAAUGACAUCCCAUCCAUUUGAUGCCACAUCCUCGCCGUUUCGUGCGAACUUUGCCUUGAAUAAGACGACCCAAAUAUUCUUGGACGGUUAUGAUGGUUAUGUUGUAGAUGAUGUCAAGAAUAAUUUUUAUGCUGAUGAUUGCUUGAUAUCCAUUCCCACUUGUGAUCAAGCAAAGAGUUUCGUUAAGCAGAUAAGUGAAUUAUUAUGUAGAGGAAGUAUACAAAAAAUGACCGAUCUUGAAUCUUGGUUCAAAUGUCCUACUUUAUUGCAUGACGAAUUUUAUAUAACAAUCACUGACUGUCCGGAACCUACUCCUGACGAUAUUGAAUUUAGAAAACCUGCUGUGGUUAACUUGAGUAGUAUGAAGUACAACAUGACACCUAUUCUGUCUUAUUAUUCCGAGUGGUUGAAAUUAGUCAGAGCUGUAACCUGGUUUAGAAGGUUCAUCGAAUUCCUGAUGGUACUUCGUUUACCGAGUUGUGAAGGAUCCGUUCAUCUAGGAUGUUUAAAGGUUAAAGAGCUUGAGAUUGCCAAGCGUAAGAUUUUAUUGAUGGUUCAGAGAGAAGUGUAUGGAGAAUUACUUAGUGAAUUUAAGAACAGCAGUAAAGUAGUAAGCCAUGAUGAUCUGAAAGGUUUAUCGUUGAUGAUGCUUGAUGGGUUACUCUGCGUUGGAGGUCGACUAAGAUACUCAGAUUUCCCAAAUGCUUUUAAACAUCCAGUAAUUUUACCCAGUCGACACUUAGUGACGGAAAUGAUAGUUAGACAUUGUCAUAAAGAACAAGGACAUAUAGGGAGAUCAUUAGAAAAAGGGUAUGGAUAUGUGUUUACUUGUUUGCAAACAUGGGCAGUACAUAUUGAAAUGAUGUGUAAUUUGAUUUCUGAUUCAUUUUUAAUGGCUCUAUUACGCUUUAUUGGAAGAAGAAGGAAACCUCCAGAGAUUUACAGUGUCAGUGCGUCAAGCUUCGUGGGGACAGUUUCUGAGUUAAGCAAGUUUGUGCAGCAGUCGAAUCAGAAGAUAAACAUUGAAUUGUCAGCGAGGCCCUCAUCCAACAGCAUGGGUGGAGUUUGGGGAAGAGUGAUUAGGUCUAUAUCACGACUGUUAUCGUUGACCACCAGAGAACAGGUGAAGCAGGUCUCCUUGAAGCUUUGGAUUAGUCUUUGUUGUUAUUAAUGUAGUUAGGUCGAGUAGGCGUACUGUUGUAAGUCCUACUCGUUCCUAUGAUGUGAUAUGUUAUAUAAUGAACCAUGACCGUAGGCAUCAAGGUAGCUUGUGUGGUAUGGAGGGAUUUUGGGGGCCGGUGUAAGAUCCAUUUUGAAGGUUUUGUGUGUUGGUGAAAAUCCCUCCAUGUAUAUACUUGUACUUUGUUCCUAUUGAUUCCCUUAGUUGUACAUUGUUGUAUUUUGAUUACAUUUGAGUUGUUAAUACUUGUAUUUUUUAUUAUAGUUUUUGUUUUUCUUACGCAUUCACUAAGUUUGUGUUUCUUCCUGAACUGCAUCUGUGUUGUUUUACUUGACACUUGUUCUUGGCGGUAGCCAUAUUGAUUUGUUCCUCCUGUUGUGUGUGAUCUAUCCAGCCAGGAUAGAAUAACGUUGAUUUGUUGUGAUCGGUAAUUUUUCCUCAUCUUCUAUCAACUUCUUUAUUAUUGUAAUUUAGAUUUAAUUGAUUGAACAAUCAUUGGUUGAAUAGCCGGGUGAUAAUAUUUGUUUAGGUAAUGAUUUACAUUAAAUUUAUUAUGAAUUAUAGAACCGCUAGUUACCCG